AUGACCUUACAAGACAGACUUUUCGAGCAUUAUGGCCUGACUAUUGAGGCUAACAAUGAUGAUGACGUUGACGAGGGCUCCGAAUAUGGCGACGCUGGCACUUCACCACCAAGUGAAGUCCAUUACCAAACACUUAGUCGUACGCCAUUUACUUUGCGCGAUAUUGAAGACUCAUUAACGUCUUUUAGCGGUUCGGGUUCUUUGUCGAUCGAGGAUUGGUUAGACGAAUUUAAUGAAAAUGCUGAGGCAGUUCAUUGGAAUCCAUUGCAGAAAUUUAUAUACGCUAAACAGCUGCUUAAGGGUGCAGCGAAACUUUUCAUACGAAGUCAGCGAGGAAUUACUAGUUUUGAUAUGUUAGCGCAGGCAUUGAAAUCUGAGUUUGGUAUUACAGUGUCGUCCAUCGAGGUUCACCGUAUGCUACGAAAUCGUCGAAAGCGUAACAAUGAAGAUUAUAAAGAGUAUCUUUAUAGUCUCAUGGAGUUGGGUAAGGCAAUUAAACUUGACGAUAUGAGUUUAAUUGAAUAUUUCGUAGAGGGUAUUCCUGAUUCACGACAAAACAAAAUCAACCUUUAUCAAGCAAAAACCAUACCAGAGUUGAAAGAGCAAAUACGUGUCUAUGAGAAAGUGCGAUCUGGUCGCCAGCAAGUGACCAGCUCAAGCUUAAAUCAAACAACUCCCAAAUCAGUAACGACAGCUAAUCAGGACUCAGAGAAAGGAAAAGUUAAACGAUGCUUUAAGUGUGGUAAUGUUUCUCAUAUAGCAAAAGAUUGUAAUCAGGCACAGCCUAAAUGUUUUAAGUGUGGGCAACCAGGACAUCGUGCGGCCGAUUGUCGAGAUAAACAAGCUUCAGUGAAAACCGAGAAAGGUAGUGUAAAUACAUUGGAAGAGGACCUAGUCCCAAAAGUUAGCGAAAUUGGCAGGUGCAUUUUCAAGGACUUGACAUGCAAGGGUGUAACCUUUUCGGCAUUAAUCGAUACCGGUUGUGACCUUUGUUUAAUACGUAACGACAUCUUGCUCAUGUUGGGAGAAGAUAUUGAAUUGAAUAACGAUAAGCGUCGGCUAAGAGGUAUUAGUGGUAGUAUCCUUGAUACUGUAGGUAGUUUUACCAUUCCAGUUCAUGUUGACAAUUUGCAACUUGAAGUUACAUUCCACGCUGUGCGUGAACGUGAUAUGCAUUACUCAGCAAUAGUCGGUAAUAGUAUACUCAAAUAUGUAAACUUGAUUGUAUCGGAAGAUUUGGCGGAAUUCAAGGCAAAGACGGUUAAAAAUGAGGUAGAUAGUACAUCACAAAGCAUUACUACGUUAACAAAUUCUGACUUACGCAAUAGGGAAUUAGUGGACGCAACGAAACAGCAGAAGGUUGAUGUGCUAGAAGAAUUCAAAGAUUUGUGUUGUAUAGUGGAAAAAUGUGACGUUAGCGAGCCGGAAGUUGACUUGUCACAUUUGCAGGUAAACAAUAUGAAUAGGGUCAAAGAAUUGAUUACCGGUUAUAAGCCAAAAAAGACGGGGGAAUCUCCAAUAGAAAUGAAAAUUUUAUUGACGGAUGAUAUUCCAAUUUAUGAACGGCCUAGGCGCAUGUCAUACGCUGACAAAAAAGUCGUCGAUGAUCAGAUAACCGCUAAAGUCACGAAUGUAGUUCGUAGUUGCGUAGAAUGUAUUGUGAGUGAAAGUAAGUCGGGGAAAAAAGAAGGAUUCCUUACACCGAUAGACAAGGCAGACAGACCUUUAGGGACCUACCAUGUCGAUCAUGUAGGUCCAAUGGAACAGACCGCUAAGUCAUAUAGUUACAUAUUUGUCGUGGUUGAUGGGUUUUCAAAGUUCGUCUGGCUCUAUCCGACUAGAAAUACAGCAGCAGAUAUUGUUAUAGACCGGCUUAGCCGACAGGCUUCAUUGUUUGGAAAUCCGAAACGCAUUAUAUCCGACCGAGGUGCAGCGUUCACAUCAAAUUCUUUUAAGGAAUACUGCGAGAAAGAAGGGAUUGAACAUCUUGUCAUUGCCACUGGUGUACCCCGCGGGAAUGGCCAGGUGGAGCGCAUCCAUAGAAUUAUCAUUCCGAUGUUGUCUAAGCUUUGUUCAGAAGGUUCAGGUCAUUGGUAUAAACAUAUAGAGCGUAUUCAGCAGACAAUAAACAAUACUCCUCCUAGGAGUACAAAGUUUACACCCUUCAAGUUAUUAACCGGAGUUGAGAUGCGAGUAGGUUCUGACCCUAAAUUAAGCGAAUUAUUAGAAGAAGCAAAUAUAAAAGAGUUAGACGAGGAACGGGAGAAUGUGCGUAAAGCAGCACAAUCAAAUAUUAGCAAAAUACAAGAAGAAAAUCGUAAAUCAUUCAAUAAAAACAGAAAGGAAGAGACGAAAUACCGGACAAACGAGUUAGUCGCCAUUAAGCGCACACAGUUUGGUUCGGGAUUAAAAUUAAAGCGGAAAUUUCUAGGUCCAUAUAAAGUAAGCAAAGUUUUGGCACAUGGUAGGUAUGAGGUAGUGAAAGUAGGCGACCACGAAGGCCCCGGCCGUACAAUUUCUAUUGCGGAAUACAUGAAAAAAUGGGAGCCUUCGGCUCAACCUGAGUCAUCAUUCGAGCCGAAUGAGGCGUCAGGAGGGCCGAAUGUAGGACGGCAACACCGCAGUGGACGAAAGACCUAG